UUUCCCCCAAAAUUCCUUCGCGUAUCUCAAUUCCGAUUCUCAUGUCGGGUAUCAAUUUUCUCACCUUUUUUUCCCCCAAUCGUGUGUAAGCAAACCACGUUGAUUUCUGUUUUAUUUUUCUCGGGUAUAUAUUCUCUUGUUCAAAGAAUCGUUCUUCUUGGGUUUAUCCUUUUUUUUUCGGCUGAGAGAUGAUGAAUCCGGGUCAUGGGAGAGGACCCGGAUCGAGUGGUGGGUCGAGCUCCGGGAAAAUUGCGGCCGAAGUUGUCUCCGACCAGUUUCCGGUAGGUCUCAGAGUUCUUGUCGUCGACGAUGACCCAACUUGUCUCAUGAUCUUGGAGAGGAUGCUCAGGAAUUGUCUCUACGAGGUAACGAAAUGCAACAGAGCAGAGAUUGCAUUGUCACUGCUGAGGCAGAACAAGAAUGGAUUCGAUAUCGUCAUCAGCGAUGUUCAUAUGCCGGACAUGGAUGGCUUCAAGCUCCUCGAGCACGUCGGUCUCGAGAUGGACUUACCCGUUAUCAUGAUGUCUGCUGAUGAUUCGAAGAACGUUGUCCUGAAGGGAGUAACUCACGGUGCGGUGGAUUACCUGAUCAAGCCGGUACGUAUGGAGGCACUGAAGAAUAUAUGGCAGCAUGUUGUGAGAAAGAGGAGGUACGAGUUGAACCUUCCGGAACAUUCUGGAAGCAUCGAAGAGACAGGAGACAGGCCACAACAGCAGCAGAUGCCUGUCACUGGAGGAGAGGACACUGACAACAACUCGUCUUCUGUCAGAGAAGGAAGCUGGAGGAACUCACGAAUGUAAAACUGUGCAAAUGGUAAUAUUGAUAAUAACAAUAAUAAUAAUAACAAGAAUAAUAAAUGAGUGUGUAGAGAGAGGUGGUACGUCCUGUGCCAGGCUGGCUGGCUGGCGAUUGCUUGUGGGGCCCGCAGUCUUCUGUUUACGCACAUGCGUUUUUUCUUAUUUCCUCGCCCUUCCUUGCCUACGUGUCUAUCUUUUUAUUUAUUUAUUUUUUCGUGUCUA